UGCACUCAGAGCUGAAUUCAGGAAGCCCCGGCACUGUGGCUGGAUCGGGUCCACCCAUGGCAUCACUGGAACCAGGCCUCACCAGGUCCCUGAAUGGGGGCCCCAUGCCCCCACAGCGCCCUGGAACUCAGGACCAGACCUACCUGGAAGAGCUCAUCAGCAUCCCCAAGGGCAGUGGGCCCGGAUUCAGCUUUAGGAAACUCUGGGCUUUCACCGGUCCCGGCUUCCUCAUGAGCAUCGCCUACUUGGACCCAGGCAACGUGGAGUCCGACCUGCAGAGCGGGGCACUGGCGGGAUUCAAGCUGCUGUGGGUGCUGCUGUGGGCCACCGUCCUGGGGCUGCUGUGCCAGCGCCUCGCCAUCCGUCUAGGCGUGGUGACCGGGAAGGACCUGGGCGAGAUUUGCUACCUCUAUUACCCCAAGGUGCCCCGCGUGCUGCUCUGGCUCAUGAUUGAGAUCGCCAUCAUCGGCUCCGACAUGCAGGAGGUGAUCGGGACAGCCAUUGCUUUCAGCCUGCUCUCAGCUGGCCGCAUCCCCCUCUGGGGUGGGGUCCUUAUCACCAUCGUGGACACCCUCUUCUUCCUCUUCCUUGACAAGUACGGGCUCCGCAAGCUGGAGGCUUUCUUCGGCCUCCUCAUCACCAUCAUGGCCCUGACCUUUGGCUACGAGUACGUGGUGGUGAGGCCAAGGCAGGUGGAGGUGCUGAAGGGCAUUUUCCUGCCCAGCUGCCCGGGCUGCGGGCGAAAGGAGCUGCUGCAGGCCAUGGGCAUCAUCGGCGCCAUCAUUAUGCCCCAUAACAUCUUCCUCCACUCCUCCUUGGUCAAGACACGGGCGAUCGACCGGUCCAAGAAGGAGGCAGUGCAGGAGGCCAAUAUGUAUUUCCUGACCGAGUCCUGCCUGGCCCUCUUUGUCUCCUUCCUCAUCAACCUCUUCGUCAUGGCUGUCUUUGGCGAGGCUUUCUACCACCAGAGCAAUGAGGAUGUGCACAACAACUGCGCCAACAGCAGCAUCAGUCACUAUGCUGGCAUCUUCCCCACCAACAACGAGACAGUCUCUGUGGAUAUCUACCAGGGGGGUGUCAUCCUGGGCUGCUAUUUCGGGGCAGUGGCACUGUACAUCUGGGGCAUCGGGAUCCUGGCAGCAGGACAGAGCUCCACAAUGACCGGGACUUACGCAGGGCAGUUCGUCAUGGAGGGCUUCCUGCAGCUCCGCUGGUCCGGCUUCACCCGGGUGCUCUUCACCCGCUCCUUUGCCAUCCUGCCCACUGUCCUGGUGGCCGCUUUCAAGGAUGUCAGCCACCUCACAGGCAUGAAUGACCUGCUCAACGUCCUGCAGAGCAUCCUGCUGCCUUUUGCCGUCCUGCCUGUCCUCACCUUCACCAGCCUGCAGCCGCUCAUGCAGGAUUUCAGCAACAGCCUCCCGGGGAAGGUGCUGAUGACCCUCAUAACGGGGCUGGUCUGCGCCAUCAACAUUUACUUCGUGGUGGACUUUCUGCCAACACUGCACGGGCUGGAGUACCACAUUCCCCUGAGCCUGCUAUUGGCUGCCUACGUGGCUUUCGUCGCCUACCUGAUCUGGACAUGCAGCAUCGCACAUGGAGCCCGGUUCCUGGCCCGGGGCCACCACAGCCGGUUCAAUUUCGGUCUCGCCCUCGACCCGACAGAGACACGGUGACAGAUCCCAUCCCUGCUUGUCAUCCCCACGUCCCUG